UCAAAGUAGACAGGAAGUAGAAACCAAGUCUCUACAAUAAUGGAUGGAAAGAAGCCUUAUUUGGCUGCUAUUUUGAUACAAUUCAUAUAUGCUGGUAUGUUUAUACUCUCUAAGGCUGCCUUCAAUGGAGGAAUGGACAAUUUCGUGUUUGUCUUUUACAGACAAGCUGCUGCAACCAUAUUCUUGGUCCCUCUUGCCGUUAUUUUCGAAAGGAAAACUGCACCACCACUCUCAUUCAAGGUCUUCUGCAAGAUUUUCGCGCUGUCUUUGUGUGGGAUAACUUUAUGUUUGAAUAUCUACAAUGUUGCCCUCAUUUACACUUCUGCAACGCUGGCAGCUGCAACUGCAAACACCCUUCCUGUCAUCACCUUCUUCUUGGCUGUUCUGCUCAGGAUGGAAGCUGUGAAUUUUAGGACCCUUUCAGGAAAUGUGAAAAGUUUAGGUGUCAUACUAUGCAUGGCUGGUGCUGCGACUCUCGCCUUCUACAAGGGCCCACAUCUAAAACCCUUGACCCAUUUGCAUUUGUUGGGACAACAUAAUCAAGGUGGUUCUGUAGCUACUGUCCAUGCAACAAGGACAUGGAUAAAGGGUGUCUUUAUAAUGCUCUCUUCCAACACUUUAUGGGGUUUGUGGAUCGUAUUACAGGGUCUUGUUUUGAAAAGCUACCCAUCGAAGCUUCUGCUCACAACCCUUCAGUGUUUUCUCAGCAGCAUUCAAUCGUUUGUCCUUGCUAUUAUUUUCUCGAGAAAUCUUCAUAAAUGGAAGUUGCAUUGGGACAUUGGACUUGUUGCAGUUGCCUAUUGUGGAUUUAUGGUUACCGGAGUUUCAUUCUAUUUACAAUCAUGGUGUAUUGAGAUGAGGGGUCCUGUGUUCCUAGCCAUGUCUACCCCCUUGUCUUUGAUAAUUACCAUGUUUUGCUCGUCAUUAUUUAUGGGUGAAGUUACCAGUUUAGGAAGUGUUUUAGGUGGGAUAUUUUUGGUUGGAGGCCUCUUUGCCGUCUUAUGGGGGAAAAGCAAGGAAGUUAAUGGAAGGAAAGUAGCAGAUGACAACAGUGAAAAGUCAACAAUCAAAGAUGUAAAGCACAGCUUAGAACCUAUAGAAAGUGCAUGAUAACUUUGUCCUCGUUUUUUUAGGGCAAUGUUAAAGUCCAAGUUGGUUAUUAUGAAUUUUGUAGUAAAAUGAGAAGAGGCUACAAAUAUGUUUUUUUUUUCUUUUUAAAUUAUCAAAUAAACCCUUGGAUUCAAUA